AUUAUAAGUGCCACCUGUUUUACUUCAAAACAAAAUUGAUGCUUAGUUGUUUUGUUAUCCAGAAUUUGGAUUUUGUGUAUCUGAAUUAACUUUUGUUGGUUCAAUAAAACCAAAGGUUGUUACAAGCUAAAGUAGGUGUUAGAUUUGUAUUUAUUAAUUAAUUGUUAGUAUAUAAGUAUGAAUAAUGAAGAAGAAAUGAGGAACAAACAAAUAUAUCAUCAGAGUAGCGGUUGCUUUAUCUUCUCUGAAGAAGCUACUAGUGUUAUUUCUUCCAUGGCUCAAAACAUGAUCUCAAAUCACAACCACCACGAACAACCACAGAAGAUCAAGAAAAAAAGAAGUCUCCCUGGAAAUCCUGAUCCAGAUGCUGAAGUGAUAGCUUUAUCACCAAAGACCCUUUUAGCAACAAAUAGAUUUGUGUGUGAGAUUUGUAACAAGGGAUUUCAAAGGGACCAAAAUCUUCAACUUCAUAGGAGGGGUCAUAACCUUCCAUGGAAAUUGAAGCAAAAGAACAACAAAGAAAACAGGAAAAAAGCCUAUGUUUGCCCUGAACCAACAUGUAUUCAUCAUCAUCCUUCUAGGGCACUUGGUGACCUCACUGGAAUUAAGAAACAUUUUUGUAGAAAACAUGGUGAAAAAAAAUGGAAAUGUGACAAAUGUUCCAAGAUUUAUGCUGUUCAAUCUGAUUGGAAGGCUCACUCUAAAACCUGUGGUACAAAAGAGUAUAGAUGUGACUGUGGAACCGUCUUCUCCAGGAAGGACAGUUUCGUGACACACAGAGCAUUUUGUGAUGCUUUGGCUGCAGAAAGUGCCAGGCUCUCAGCAAACUCAGCGCUAAUGCAUAGAGCCGCCGUUGCCUCCACCAUGGCUAACUCAGAUGCCAUUGGCGAACCCAAUUUCCAUCUCAACCAAUCAUCGCUCUUCCCUUUCCCGGCCAACCAGCGUCAUUUCGCCAACCCUCCGCCGCCAAUGGCCGCCGCUUCUACGGCUGUGACAACCCAUAACUCCCUCAACCCAUGGGAGUCUCAAAUCCCUUUGAACCCUAACCAUACCCAUCAUGAAGAAAAUUACUAUCAAAUUCUCCACCCUGUUCCAAUCAAGACCGAAUCCAUUCACUUGCCAAUUUCAUCUUCCCUGCCGUUUUACCAUGACCAUUAUCCAGUUUUUCACAGGGGUUCUUUCUCAAUCCCUUCCCCUCAACUCUCUGCUACAGCGUUGCUUCAGAAAGCAGCUACUAUGGGUGCCCACUCCACUGUGAGUCACGUGAAUUCAACGAUGGCCCACCUAAACAGAGCCACUCUAGGUCACGUGACACCCAAGAUUUAUCCCGAUGGUUUUCCCAGUUUUGGAUCGGAAAAUAUUACGAGCGAUUGGCAGAAAAGGGACAAUCUGACGAGGGAUUUUCUGGGUUUGACAGGAGAUCAUAAUGAGGAGUCUUCAUCAUCAGCUGGGGGUGGUGGAGGAGGAGGAGGGCGGGUUAUGGCGCCCAAUGGGAAUGUGGGGAAUGGGGUGCUGUUGUCAUAUGGUGGAAAUGGGAUCCAGGACUUUCAACAAGCACUUUAUGAGCGUGACCAUUCGGUAUUGAAAAAUCAUCAAUUGGGCUUUGGUUUUGCUGCUGCUGAAAGUACAACAGGAACAUGGGGGAAUUGCUGAUGAAGGAAGCUGCUAUGAAUGGUGAAUUUUGCAGAGACUCACUGUUAGAAUUUAGGGAGAUAUCUCUAUCAUGAACAGAGAGGAAGAAAGAGACUAGCAAGAAGCUGCAACCAAAAAAAAAAAAAAAACUAGAAAGAGGAAAACCCAAAAAAAAGGACAAAGAAAUUAGAUCUUUUAGUUUUUCUUAUUUUGCAAGAACCAUUUUUAUGUUUUUCUGUUUUAGUUUUUAAACUUUUCAUGUUGGUAAUGCAUAUGGUACUUUUUAAAAGAUAUUUUAAGUGUUUUCGGAUUAUAUUACUUCGGCACUUUGUUAUCGUAAACUGCAUUUCGUCGGCCAACAGAAA